AUGGGGUGCAAUCAAAGCAAAGAGGUUAAACAUUUUAAAAAAAAAAGUACAAGUAAUAUAAACAAUAAAAAUAACACGUUAAAAGAAGAAAAUGAUAAUAAUCAAGAUGAAUUAGCUAUAAAACCUGGAAUGUAUGUUAGAAAAAAAGAAGGAAAAAUUGGAGAAUCUUAUUUUAAAGUUAGAAAAUUAGGAAGUGGUGCAUAUGGAGAAGUUUUAUUAUGUAGAGAAAAACAUGGACAUGGAGAAAAAGCUAUUAAAGUUAUUAAAAAAUCUCAAUUUGAAAAAAUGAGUUAUUCAGAUAGUAAUAAACAUAAUGAAACAGAUGAUAAGUUUAAUGAAGAAAUAUAUAAUGAAAUAUCUUUAUUAAAAUCUUUAGAUCAUCCAAAUAUUAUAAAAUUGUAUGAUGUAUUUGAAGAUAAAAAGUAUUUUUAUUUGGUAACAGAAUUUUACAAAGGAGGAGAAUUAUUUGAACAAAUUAUUAACAGACAUAAAUUUGAUGAAUGUGAUGCAGCUAAUAUUAUGAAACAAAUAUUAAGUGGAAUUUGUUAUUUACAUAAGCAUAAUAUAGUUCAUCGGGAUAUUAAACCAGAAAAUAUUUUAUUAGAAAACAAAAAUAGUUUGUUAAAUAUUAAAAUAGUUGAUUUUGGUUUAUCUUCAUUUUUUUCAAAGGAUUAUAAAUUAAGAGAUAGAUUAGGGACUGCUUAUUAUAUAGCACCAGAAGUUUUAAAAAAAAAGUAUAAUGAAAAAUGUGAUGUGUGGUCAUGUGGUGUAAUUUUAUAUAUAUUAUUAUGUGGAUAUCCACCAUUUGGUGGUCAAAAUGAUCAAGAUAUUAUUAAAAAAGUUGAAAAAGGAAAAUAUUAUUUUGAUUUUAACGAUUGGAAAAAUAUUAGCGAUGAAGCAAAAGAGUUAAUCAAAUUAAUGUUGACUUAUGAUUAUAAUAAAAGAAUUACAGCUAAAGAAGCCUUAAAUAGUGCAUGGAUAAAAAAAUAUGCUGACAAUAUUAACAAAAGUGAUCAGAAAACUUUGUUUGGUGCAUUAACAAAUAUGAGAAAAUUUGAAGGAAGUCAAAAAUUAGCUCAAGCAGCUAUUUUAUUUAUUGGAAGUAAAUUAACCACCUUAGAAGAAAGAAAAGAAUUAACUGACAUUUUUAAAAAAUUAGACAAAAAUGGAGAUGGACAAUUAGAUAAAAAAGAACUCAUUGAAGGAUAUAAUAUUCUUAGAAGCUUUAAAAAUGAGUUGGGUGAAUUAAAAAAUGUAGAGGAGGAGGUAGAUAAUAUUUUAAAGGAAGUUGAUUUUGAUAAAAAUGGAUAUAUUGAAUAUUCAGAAUUUAUUUCUGUAUGUAUGGACAAACAAAUCUUAUUCAGUGAAGAAAGAUUAAGGGACGCAUUUAAUUUAUUUGAUACUGAUAAAAGUGGAAAAAUAACAAAAGAUGAAUUAGCUAACUUAUUUGGUUUGACAUCAAUAAGUGAAAAAAUGUGGAAUGAUGUAUUAGGAGAAGCAGAUAAAAAUAAGGAUAAUAUGAUUGAUUUUGAGGAAUUUGUAGCUAUGAUGCACAAAAUUUGUGAUCAUAAAUCAUCAUAA